AUGGGGAAAGGGAGCAUAACUCUAAGGGACUUACAGAGAGUAGCAGCUGCCCAUGAUUUUACUUGGACAAACAAAGAGAUAGCAGAUAUGAUCUAUUGCUUUGAUAGUGAUGGUGAUGGGAAGCUAAGCCUUGAUGAUUUUCGCACAAUUGUUGAUCGAUGCAACAUGGUACAGAAGACUGAAACUACCAUCGUGACUUCAAAAGCAUGA